AUGGUCCAGACCCAUUCCGGGAUUACGUGGUUCGAAGACGACGACGCAAUCGCCUUCAAGAGCCCCGUCGUUUCCAAAUGGAAAGUGACUAGAAAAAUCGCCGAACAUGAAAAAUGCGUGUACGAGAAUGAAGUGCAAGCCUCGAUGAUGGAGUCAUCGUGUCGUGGAGUCUUUGUGUGCUCAAGUCUUGAUCGCCCAGGCGAGGAAGCUGCCGUGAAGAUUCGAAUGCAACGCCCCCAUAAGAGAGCCGAGCAAGCGCGGCCAAAAGUGCGGCGGAUCACUCAAAAAGAGGUCGAGGGCCUGCAGUAUCUUACUACAGCAGGGUGUUCUUCGGCCCCUGCAUUAUUUGCAUGGAAGCCCGAAAUCCAAGGGUUAAAUGCGGCCCCUCUAUACUGUCAGACGGAUAGGGAGGAACGGGACGAGCUCCGGGAGGCGCUCAAGAGAGCAUGGCUUUAUAUUGUCGAUUGGGAAGACUGGGUCGAGUCCACUCACGAAGAUGUCUGGGAGUACUUCCGAGUAGGACUUACCCCUUGA